AUGAGGUCUGAGAAGUCAGCUUCGGUAUUUCUGCUUCUGCAACUCUUCUGUGUUGGCUGUGGAUUCUGUGGGAAAGUCCUGGUGUGGCCCUGUGACAUGAGCCAUUGGCUUAAUAUCAAGGUCAUUCUAGAAGAGCUCAUGGUGAGGGGCCAUGAGGUAACAGUAUUGACUCACUCAAAGUCUUCGUUAAUUGACUACAGGAAGCCUUCUGCACUGAAAUUUGAGGUGGUCCAUCUGCCACAGGACAAAACAGAAGAAAAUGAAAUAUUUGUUGACCUAGCUCUGAAUGUAUUGCCGGGCUUACCAACCUGGCAAUCAGUUAUAAAAUUAAAUAAUUUUUUUGUUGAAAUAAGAGGAACUUUAAAAAUGAUAUGUGAGAGCUUUAUCUACAAUCAGACACUUAUGAAGAAGCUACAGGAAACCAACUACGAUGUAAUGCUUAUAGACCCUGUGAUUCCCUGUGGAGACCUGAUGGCUGAGUUGCUUGCAGUCCCUUUUGUGCUCACACUUAGAAUUUCUGUAGGAGGCAAUAUGGAGCGAAGCUGUGGGAAACUUCCAGCUCCACUUUCCUAUGUGCCUGUGCCUAUGACAGGACUAACAGACAGAAUGACCUUUCUGGAAAGAGUAAAAAAUACAGUGCUUUCAGUUUUAUUCCACUUCUGGAUUCAGGAUUAUGACUAUCAUUUUUGGGAAGAGUUUUAUAGUAAGGCAUUAGGAAGGUCCACUACAUUAUGUGAGACUGUGGGAAAAGCUGAGAUAUGGCUAAUACGAACAUAUUGGGAUUUUGAAUUUCCUCAACCAUACCAACCUAAUUUUGAGUUUGUUGGAGGAUUGCACUGUAAACCUGCCAAAGCUUUGCCUAAGGAAAUGGAAAAUUUUGUCCAGAGUUCAGGGGAAGAUGGUAUUGUGGUGUUUUCUCUGGGGUCACUGUUUCAAAAUGUUACAGAAGAAAAGGCUAAUAUUAUUGCUUCAGCCCUUGCCCAGAUCCCACAAAAGGUGUUAUGGAGGUACAAAGGAAAAAAACCAUCCACAUUAGGAACCAAUACUCGGCUGUAUGAUUGGAUACCCCAGAAUGAUCUUCUUGGUCAUCCCAAAACCAAAGCUUUUAUCACUCAUGGUGGAAUGAAUGGGAUCUAUGAAGCUAUUUACCAUGGGGUCCCAAUGGUGGGAGUUCCCAUAUUUGGUGAUCAGCUUGAUAACAUAGCUCACAUGAAGGCCAAAGGAGCAGCUGUAGAAAUAAACUUCAAAACUAUGACAAGCGAGGAUUUACUGAGGGCUUUGAGAACAGUCAUUACCGAUUCCUCUUAUAAAGAGAAUGCUAUGAGAUUAUCAAGAAUUCACCAUGAUCAACCUGUAAAGCCCCUAGAUCGAGCAGUCUUCUGGAUCGAGUUUGUCAUGCGCCACAAAGGAGCCAAGCAUCUGCGAUCAGCUGCCCACGACCUCACCUGGUUCCAGCACUACUCUAUAGAUGUGAUUGGGUUCCUACUGGCUUGUGUGGCAACUGCUAUAUACUUGUUCACAAAAUGUUGUUUAUUUUCCUGUCAAAAAUUUAAUAAAACUAGAAAGAUAGAAAAGAAGGAAUAG